AUGCUCAAGUUGCUGCGAUUUCUUUUCUGUCCUAUUCGGAGAAACUCCUCGCAGGGUCUGAUGACGGAUGCUGGCAUGGUUGGUGCCAACCCCGCCUUCGGCGAUGAUCCGGUCUAUGCGCAGAAUUGGACAACAGGUGCUUGCCAUGAGACUGUUCUUUGGUCUUGGCAGCUUGCCAUGAUGGCCAAGGGACUGGAAAUGCAAUUAGGGAGGUAG